AUGGGCUUCAUCUGCGCCGUCUACUUCUCCAACUGGUCAGUAUACGAGUCCAAGCACUUUGCGCUGGACUUGCCCACGGGCAUGUUGAGCCACGUGUUCUACGCGUUUCUCAAGGUCGACCGGGAUUCCGGCGCCGUCGUGCUUUCGGACCCCUGGGCGGAUACAGAAAUGCCCAUGGUGGCCGGGCUCAAAGGCUCGCUCUCGGUCUUGCACGCUCUCAAGCUCCAGGACCGCUCGUUGAAGGUGAUCAUGUCCAUCGGCGGCUGGGGCACGCACGACGCCUUCUCCCACGUCAUGAAGGACCCGAAGCGCAUGCACACGUUUGUGCGUACGGCGGUGGAUUUGGUCACGCGCUACAGUUUCGACGGCAUCGACGUCGACUGGGAGUACCCCGAAAACACGGCGCAGGCGUCGCAGUUGGUGCACGUGCUUGGCAUGCUCCGGCACAGCUUGGACCAGAUCGACCACAGCCUCACGCUCAGCGUGGCGGCGCCGGCCGCGAUCGACAACAUCUCCGUCUUGCUCGUGGGCGAGAUGGACCGCCACUUGACGUUCUGGAACGUCAUGUGCUACGACUUCUGCGGCGCGGCCUGGUCCUCGCGCACGGGCCACCACUCCAACUUGUACGGCUUCAACGGCGACAACCUUCUCAGCGCCGAGCUGGUCAUCGAGCAGUACAUCCGCAUGGGCGUGCCGCCCCGCAAGUUGGUGCUCGGAAUGCCCAUGUACGGGCGCAGCUUCAGGCGGCCGGCGGCGGCGGAGCCGGGGGCCAGGUUCAGCAAGAGGGCCGCCAGCACGGACGACAUUGUCGAGUACCAUGCCAUCGACCGCGCCAACGAGACCUACGAUGAGCGCAGGGUGGCUGCGUCGCUGUUCAGCCGCCGCGAGCGGCUGUGGAUCUCGUACGAAAACCCGCAGAGCGUUGCGCAGAAGGCACAGUUCGUGGUGCGGCGAGGCCUUGGCGGUGGCUUCUUCUGGGACUCCAAGGGCGACACCAGCAGCCACGAGUUGCUCAACGCGUUCACGAGUGGCAUUGGCGGGCAGAUCGACGUGCAGCCCAACCGGAUCUAG